GAUUUGAAGAACUAUUAUUAUGUGUGUAUAUCCGAAGAAUGAUGUGCUAAAUUUUAAUGAUGCCUUGUUGCAAUGUUUGAUUGGUUUAGUGAGCAGAGUAGAGUAAGUAAAGAGAUGGCUGGGCACAAGAUCGCACAUGCAACUUUGAAAGGUCCAAGUGUUGUGAAGGAGUUAGUAAUCGGUCUCGCACUAGGGCUUGCGGCUGGUGGGCUAUGGAAAAUGCAUCACUGGAAUGAGCAGAGGAAAACAAGAGCCUUCUAUGAUUUGCUUGAGAAAAGCGAGAUUGGUGUUGUUGUUGCAGAGGAGUAAAGUUAGUAAUAGAGGGAGAUUUGAUGAUGACGAUUACCUCAAAUUCUAGUGUUUGCUAUUAAAAAGGUUGCAAUGUAACAUACAUACCAUGAUUUGAUAACAUUAUUUGUCAACGCCUAUUUAUUUACCAAAACAAGAUCCCAAAUAUUUUUGAUU